AUGUCAAAGUACAACUCCGACCCCGCGUGGGCAUCAGUUACUCCCAUCCCUUUGGAUGAUGGAUCAAACCGCUUUACCCAGGCAGACAGAGAAAAUGCUGCUGGCGAUGAUGCUAUGACCACUGCUAACGUGGCUAACGAGACGUUGCCGCUUGCGACGAUCGCCUAUUCAGAGAGCUAUGCUGAGGCUACAGCAUAUCUGCGAGCUGUGAUGGCUACAAACGAGAUGUCAGACCGGGCUCUUGCAUUGACUGAAGAUGUGAUUCGGUCAAACCCAGCCCAUUAUACCGUCUGGUAUGUCUAA